AUGAAUUUCUUUCUUUCUUUCUUUUCUUUCUUUUUUCUAUUCUUAUUUUAUGAACUUCUUUUCUUUUUUUUUCUUUCUUUCUUUCUUUCUUUUCUUUCUUUUAAGAAAGUGUCUUUCUUUUUUUUUUCUUUUUCUUUUUUUCUUUCUUUCUUUUCUCUAUUCUUAUGUUAUUUUUUCUUCUUUUUUCUUUCUUUUCUUUUCUUUUCUUAUUCUUAUGUUAUGAACUGUCUUCUUUCUUUCUUUCUUUCUUUCUCUCUUUCUUAUGUUCCGCAAACUGUCUUCUUUCUUUUUUUCUUUUUUUUUUUCUAUUCUUAUGUUUUUUUCUUUCUUUCUUUUUUUUUUUUUUUCUUAUUUUUUCCUUCUUUUUUUUUCUUUCUUUUUCUCUAUUCUUAUGUUAUGAACUGUCUUCUUUCUUUCUUUCUUUCUUUCUUUCUUUAUUUUCUGUUUCUUUCUUUUUUUUCUUUCUUUUUUCUUUUCUUUCUUUUUUCUUUUCUUUUUUCUUUCUUUCUUUUCUUUCUUAUGUUAUUUUCUUCUUUCUUUUUUUCUUUCUUUCUUUUCUCUUUCUUAUGUUUCUUUCUUCUUUCUUUCUUUCUUUCUUUUUCUUUCUUAUGUUAUGAACUGUUUUCUUUCUUUUUCUUUCUUCUUUUUUCUCUUUCUUUCUUUCUUUCUUUCUUCUUUCUUUCUUUCUUUUUUUCUCUUUUUUUUUUAUGA